CACUGACCUAAAUAUUUUCGCAUUUGGACCGAAGAAGCUGGCAAGGCAAUAAGAUGGCAAAAUCCUACAGUUUUCUUUAUUCUCAAAAAUUUCUAGGAGUUUGCAGAGAGAAGAACUGAUUUGGAGCGUUUACAACAGUUAACAGGGACACAAUGUAAGUCGCCGUAAGAUGGUUGAUAACCUCCCUGCUAACAUCUCCUUGCCGCUGCUUGGUAUUGGAGCAUUAUCUCUCAUCCUUAGUCUCAUCUUCUGCUGCUACAUGUGGAGACUGAGAUGGAAGGCAAAACAAGAACAAGGCUAUAGGAGGGUUCAAUUUAACAGUAGAAAAAAGGCAGCAAAUGAGACAUGCCCAGUUUGUUUAGAAGAUUUUGAACUGAAAGAGUACAUUGCUGUUUGUCGAUGCACCCACUGUUUUCACAUGAAAUGUCUUCUUGAUUGGUUACAUCAUAAGAACAUGUGUCCAAUGUGUAAGGCCCCGGUGCAGUCAGGCUGCCUUACAGAGAGAACAGGUCUGGUCUCCCUGCCUAUACCCCCCAGGAGUAUCCCCGCUCAAGUCAACCAUGUGUGAUAUUAUGUUCAUAAACUGUGGUUAUUCCUACAGUCAUUUUGAAUUUUGUAUAUAUUUUGUGAUUAGUAGCAAUUGUAUGGGCAGUUUUAUUAUAUCUCUGAGUCAGUUGAAGUAGAUAUAAGUUUUGAUUUUUUUUAAUUUGGUUUUUGUCAGUUCUGGAUUGUUUUAUGUCCACAUCAACCUUUGAGGUGCUUAAAUUGAUUAUCUUCUUGUGUACCGGUAGUUAUUAAUUUUUUUCUGUUAUAUGUUUUAUUAACAUUUUCAUGACAUGGUAUUGUACUAGUUUGUUCAGUAUACAAUAUAGAUCAUAGUACAAUACAGUGAAUAUGGUGUUACUUAACUGUCUUGAAGUUAAAAGAAUUAAUGUUCAUGAGUAUAUAUACUGUACAUGUACAUCACUGCAUGUAUGGCAUUCUAGGCAUUAUGGACUUUUGUUCUUUUGUUCAUGCUUAGGUGGUGUACUGAAUAGUCUACAUUAUAUAUGAACUGAUAUUGAAUCUUAAUUUAUUUUGAAUUGUGGUAUUAUACAUUUAUUGCAUGAUAGUGAGGGAAAUAUGAAGACCUAUUCAGCCAAGAAAAAUCAUAUUCCCCAAGGGUUUUAUCCGAAGGGAAUAUAAAUGCAGAUAUUUCUUGGCUGAAUAAAUCUUCAUGUUUUCCGAACAUUCAUGCAAUAAAUUCUUUAUUAUACUGAAACAAGCAAAAACUUUUAUUAAAUAAACAUAAACUUUCAAAAUCAAAUUCACUUUCAUUUUUAACGCAAAGUUACUGAAACCCUUUGACACAUCACUAAUCAACAAUUUUGUGAGGUAAACCAGGUUAUUGUGGCGUCUACCACUCUCGGGAGUUUUCUUUCAGCGCAUGAUAACUGUAUUGUGGGAAAAUACACUAAGUAUCCGAAGAGGUGGAAUAGGAUGAAAAGCAUGCCGAGGACUGGGAAAUAUGAAGUUUUGUGGCCCGAUCACAUGAUAAUCUAGAACCAAUCAGACAACACAUUGUCUAGAAUAAUUAUAAUGAGGUAUGAUAGAAUGCUUUGUUAUACACGAGUGGACAAAUAAUGUAUAAAGAACAGUUCAUUUGCACCCAGUUAUACAAUAACCAAAAGUACACCAACUAGCACAGAAGUUUUUGGUUGUUGGAUAUAAAUGUUAUGUACAUAUGUUGUAUAUUAUUUUCAGUUUGACAUUGAUUCUUAUCCUAAAGAAUAAUCAUGUAUAUACAAUCAUGUACAUAUACUUUAUAAAAAUUAUGUCUUCCAAGUUCCAAAACAUACGCUAAUUAUUUUGUUCAUACAUGUAUAUGUACAUUUGAUGCAUUCACAUGCUGAUUGAACAACCAACAAAUUAGCUAGUUCAUUAAUAGUAUUUAAUUAGUUGAAUUUUAUUUAUUACAUUAUAAAUGUAAAGAUUGAGAUGAAAUUUUACACCAUUUUUUCAUAGUUUUAGUCAAAAUGUUUAAGAAGUGCCAUUUAUGCAAAUUUUGGAAUUGAUUUACACAUAC